UUAAAAUCCAAUAACUGCCCCAGACCAUACAGGCAUUGACUUUUUUAGAAAGACCAAUGAUGGCUAAUGACUACGUUUCCUCUGUUCUGAAAUCGUUGCUUCUGCUUCUUCAACUUGUCUUGUUGAGCCAGCUUGCUGGUUCUGCCUCUAUCGUCAAGUUUCUUCCUGGUUUUGAUGGCCCUCUUCCUUUUGAGCUCGAAACCGGGUACAUUGGUGUUGGUGAGAAGGAGGAAGUGCAAUUGUUCUACUACUUCAUCAAGUCUGAGAGGAACCCAAAAGAAGACCCUCUCCUUCUCUGGUUCAGUGGAGGACCUGGCUGCUCCUCCAUCUCUGGCCUUCUUUUUGAAAAUGGGCCUCUGGCUAUGAAGCUUGAUGUUUACAAUGGAACUCUUUCUUCCUUGGUCUCUACUUCAUAUUCAUGGACAAAGACUUCGAGCAUAAUAUUCUUGGAUCAGCCUGUUGGAACCGGCUUCUCCUACUCAAGAACUCACCUUGUGAAUAAACCCAGUGAUUCAGGAGAAGCCAAACGGAUCCAUGAGUUUCUUCAAAAGUGGCUAGGGGAACAUCAAGAGUAUUCCUCCAACCUUUUCUAUGUCGCCGGAGAUUCUUAUUCCGGUAAGGUUGUUCCGGCCCUUGUUCAAGAAAUCUCAAAAGGAAAUUACCAAUGCUGCAAACCUCCAAUAAAUCUUCAGGUUAAAUAUUUGUUGCUUCUUAUAAAUUACAUUGACAAAGCACUUAAAACUGAUAUGUUUCGUCCUUGGUACACUGAGCAACAACAGGGUUAUGUGCUGGGUAACCCAGUAACAGAGUUUGAAACUGACACUAACUCACGCAUUCCAUUCGCUCAUGGAAUGGCACUGAUCUCUGAUGAGCUUUACGUGUCACUCAAGAGAAUCUGCAAUGGGAAGUAUGAAAAUGUUGAUCCACGUAACACAGAUUGCUUGAAACUCGUUGAAGAAUAUCAUAAGUGUACAGAUAGAAUAUGCCUACUUCUUAUAUCAAUGCCAUUUUGCGUAACAGACACUCCAAAUUGCUAUAUUUAUCGGUAUUUGCUAUCUACCUACUGGGCCAAUGAUGAAACCGUACGCAAAGCUCUUCAAAUCAAAGAGGAGAGUAUAGGGGAAUGGGUACGGUGUAAUUGGGAUAUCCCUUACACUCGUGACAUUGUAAAUAGUGUACCUUACCAUAAGAAUAAUAGCAUCAGUGGCUAUCGUUCUCUCAUCUUCAGUGGUGAUCACGAUAUGGCAGUACCUUUCCUUGGAACUCAAGCUUGGAUACGAUCUCUCAACUAUUCGGUUGUUGAUGAAUGGAGGCCAUGGAUGAUCAAAGAUCAAGUCGCUGGAUACACAACGACUUAUGCCAACAAAAUGACAUUUGCUACUGUCAAAGCAACAAAAACUCGAGUGAUUAAACAUUUGGUGUGAAAACGCUCUCUUGAUGAGAGAAAGAGUCAAUCUACUACAGAGCAUGCCACGUGUCCAGUUGAUUGGCCUUCCCCUUCUUAAUGUGUUUUAAGCAAACGUUAAGCUUUCAAUUAAAUGGAUGCUAUAAAAAAUUAGAAAAAUCCCUUACCAUGUGAGCCCAGACCAAGAGAGUCAAAAGUACAUAUAAAUUUGGUAAUUUUGAUUUGUUUUAAUGCUCGUGAAAGGCAAGGACAAUUAACUAGUAAUUUUGUAUUAUCUUAACGUUGGUUUGAAGAUUAGGCACGAAAUUUUCCCAUUAAAAAAGUGUGACAUGUACUGUUAACGUUGCCGUCAUGAAGCUUCUAAAGUUGUAAGACAGAGAGUGGGUGGGCGACUUUUUUUCAUCUUCUUCUAAGAUUCAAUAAUUGUCCAUACAGGCAUUGACUUUUUCAGAAACUGAGAAAGACCAAUGAUGGCUAAUGACUACGUUUCCUCUGUUCUAAAACCGUUGCUUCUGCUUCUUCAACUUGUCUUGUUGAGUCAGCUUGCUGAUUCUGCCUCUGUCGUCAAGUUUCUUCCUGGUUUUGAUGGCCCUCUUCCCUUUGAGCUCGAAACCGGGUACAUUGGUGUUGGUGAGGAAGAAGAAGUGCAAUUGUUCUACUACUUCAUAAAGUCUGAGAGGAACCCAAAAGAAGAUCCUCUUCUUCUCUGGCUAAGUGGAGGACCUGGCUGCUCUUCCAUCUCUGGCCUCCUUUUUGAGAAUGGGCCUCUUACUAUGAAGCUUGAUGUUUACAAUGGAACUCUCCCUUCUUUGGUCCCUACUACAUAUUCAUGGACAAAGACUUCGAGCAUGAUAUUCUUGGAUCAGCCUGUUGGAACUGGCUUCUCCUACUCAAGAACUCAACAGUUUAAUAAACCCAGUGAUUCAGGAGAAGCCAAACGUAUCCAUGAGUUUCUUCAGAAGUGGCUAGACGAGCAUCAAGAGUUUUCCUCCAACCCUUUCUAUGUCGCCGGAAAUUCUUACUCCGGUAAGGUUAUUCCGGCCCUCGUUCAAGAAAUCUCGAAAGGAAAUUAUCAAUGCUGCAAACCUCCAAUAAAUCUUCAGGGCUAUGUGCUCGGUAACCCGGUAACAGAGUUUGAAACUGACGUUAACUCACGCAUUCCAUUUGCUCAUGGAAUGGCACUGAUCUCUGAUGAGCUCUACGAGUCGCUCAAGAGAGUAUGCAAAGGAAAAUAUUUAAAUGCUGAUCCACGUAACACAGAAUGCUUGAAACUCGUUGAGGAAUAUCAUAAGGUACACACACACUGACACACACACACACACACUCGUGACCUUGUGUCUGCCUAGUAAAAGAACAAUCACUAAAUCCAGGCUUCUUCUUGUGCUUAUUUAUUUUAGUGUACAUUAUACAUAUAUCUCAUAUCAAUACCAGUGUGCGAAACUGAUACUCCAGAUUGCUAUGUAAGUAAAUCCUUCUUGCGCCCUGUUUACUGUUAAACCAUUGAGAGAGAGAAACAAAAAAAAAGCACAAGAAGAAGCUUGAAUCAAUUAUGUAUAUGCAAUUUUGCUUUUUUUAAAGAAAUAUCGGUAUUUGCUGUCUACGUACUGGGUCAAUGAUGCAACCGUACGCAAAGCUCUUCAAAUCAAUGAGGUAUAUGAGAAUUUUAUGUCAAGAUUUUUGGUAAAGAAACAAUGUUAAGGGAUAUAAGAAGAAAUGAUAUUGCAGAAGAGUAUAGAGGAAUGGGUACGAUGUAAGUGGGAUAUCCCUUACACUCCUGACAUAACAAGUAGCGUACCUUACCAUAAGAAUAACAGCAUAAAUGGCUAUCGUUCUCUCAUCUUCAGUGGUGAUCACGAUUUGGCAGCACCUUUCCUUGGAACCCAAGCUUGGAUAAGAUCUCUCAACUAUUCGGUUGUUGACGAAUGGAGGCCAUGGAUGAUCAAAGAUCAAGUCGCUGGAUACACAAGGACUUAUGCCAACAAAAUGACAUUUGCUACUGUCAAAGGAAGUGGCCACACGCCAGAGUAUAAACCAGAUGAAAGCUUUAUCAUGUUCCAAAGGUGGAUCAAUGGCUAACCUUUGUAAAAGAAGAUUGUGGACUUUGCGUAUAUAAUGGACAAGAAAUUGUGAUUCUGCUAUUCAUUCUUUCAAAGUGUGUCACAUAUUCAAAGUACACACCUUCAUCACAUGUGUAACUUGAAUUAAAAUUUCAUAAUUUCUUAAUGUAAGCAACACGAGUGUUGCUGUUCUAGCUUGGUACAUUGUGCAUUUCACUUCUUUUAUGGAAAACUGUAAUUGAUUUUUGUUUUUACUUUAUUAUUUACAGCAAAGCUCAAUUGAAAAAAAA